GUCGUAAUGACUCAUUAUAAACUAGGUGUCUGAACAUUGUGCAUCUGUUGUCUAAAACAGAAUUUCAGACAUUCUAAGAGCUGACUGUAGAGGGAUACUUUAAAAUUCCAUCUAUAAUGAAUGAGACACUGGCCGAAAGUGUCCUGCAUUGGAACAGCGAACUUUCCAAAUCUCUCAUUUUCCUGGAUGUGAUAUUAUGCGUAUACAUAUUGUUGGGUGUCGUUGGAAAUGUUGUUGUAGUUUUUAUUUACGGAUUUCGACUUAAGAUAGGUAUGGACGAUCGUUUCUUCAUCUUAGUUUUGGGCAUACUGGAUACUGUUGUAUGUUGUGCAAACCCAGCAUUCUCUCUGUGGAGGAACUUGGCUCCGGUUAAUUCAAGAGGAAAUAUCAUAUGCAAAGUAGCUUGGUUCUGCACAAGAACGAUCAGUACAACUUCCGGUUUACUCAUUUUGAUAAUUGCUCUGCAGCGUUUCCUCAAGGUGUGCAGACCGUUCGGUCAUCAGAUGACGUCAGUAUGGAAGCGAAUUCUAGUGGCUGGGGCUUUAGCGAUGUCCUGUCUUAUGCACACACCUUUGUUUAUAUUUUACGGGGAGAUAACUCUUCAUAACCCCUCAAGAAAUGUCACCGGAAGGAGAUGCGGAUUGAUUGAUAGCGAGGACGAUAUGUUGACAAACGCUGAAAUGGGUUAUUUUUAUUUCAUGUUUGCUUCAGCAGGAGUGGUUCUUUUAUCUAUUAUAAUACUUUACUCUUUGAUUGGACGACGGAUUUACGAGAAAGUGAGACGGAGUAAAGGUAGGAAGGCGUCAAUCCCAUACUCACAGUCUUCUCAGUAUUCAGAGAACGAAACUAAUGAUAUAGGCACAACGGAUGCUAUGGUAACCGCUCCGGAAUCAAAUGUGGCUUCUCUGAAGAGACAUAACAAAGAUAAAAAUACAUCAAGUAAGAGAAGAAAGACACGAAAAAGUCCGCUUGAAAAACACAGAUAUACUCUGAUGUUUAUGCUGAUAGCGGCGGUAUGUGUUGCAACAUAUAUCCCAUCAUUAACGGCAAAUAUCAUUCAAAAUAUCGACUCUGAGGAAUUCUGGACGGAGUUUACGGAUGGUAAAAGGACUUUUUAUAUAUUUCUAUUUCAAUUAUACAUACUGAACCAUGCAGCAAAUCCCUUUAUAUAUGGACUUUUUGAUGGUACAUUUCGACUUGAAGUUCGUAAGUUGUUCUGCAAAGGCGUAGGGAAAUGAAAUUUCUAUCUGUUGUGACAGUUAAGAAUUACAUUAAGUGACAUUCAGUGUCAAGACUUUAUCAUAAAAUAUAGUUAGUAUCUUAAUGCUUUUAAAUUAUUUGAUACUUUGAUAGUUACAUUUUGUAAUUGUCAUCGCGUUGUCACCACCAACCAUGUACGUUGUCACACUGUUUUCGACCUUAGUGUACAUAGGAUUAUAGUGCAGCCGAUUGGUCGAUUCAGUACCAUCUUGUACGUCAGUGAUCCACAUUGGUCAUUUCUCUGAUGAAGGUGGCCGUGUCGUCAUCAAAACAUCACACUCAGAUCUUUUACUGGUUGUGUUAUUAGAACUUCUAUACUACUGACAUUACCGACCGGAAAAUGUUGAAAAAUUGUUGUAGGUUUUAGCGAUUCUUGUGGCAUAUAAUCAGACUAAUGUUCCGUAUACGUUAAUUACAAAUGAAUUUCAGACUGGAA